AAAUCGAAAAAAUUCGGUUCGUUUUGUGUCGCUGCUUAUGCGAAGCGUAAUUAGCUACGAAUCGGGAAACCACACAACUUUUAUAUGAAAAAAGUAAGUGCAACAUUUGAGGGCACAUCGGAAGAGCAAGUGCUUGUGCUGUAUUUCGAAAGCUCACAACAUUAAAAGUACAUAUUUCUUCACUCUAUCUGCCGCAAUUCUGUGUCGACUUCGAUGAUGCUUUAGUAAACUGGAAACAGCUGUGAGACGACGUGCGUAAAUAAAGCUCUUAUCCAGCGGUAAAGUCAUCGCCAGUCAUCAGUGGCUGUGAACUACCGUAGAAUUAGGAUCUGUACGAUGGCAGUUGUAAGCCGAAGUCAGUUACCGCGCUAAGUAGCAAGCAAGUUGCAUCCCCCGUUUCGAAGCUAACAGAUAAAUAUUUGCACGACCGAACGGCGUACGCCUCUGGAAAGAUUUACCGUGUUUAUCUCGUUCUGUUUGACCUGUGCAAGAUAGGAUACCGGGACGAACUGUACGCUACCAUCCCAAUGGAUAGAUCGUUUGGCAGUCUCACCUCGGAUUCUUUGCUCUGGUGCGAUGUUUCGACCUAUAACCACCAACUAAUCAGCGAGCUUUGGACGAACUUUUUGCAAACCGACGGGGUACACCCAGACCCUAAUGGCGAUGCCGAAUGUUUCAUCAAUGGGAAAAAGACUGCAUGGUUGGAGCUAUUUCUUUACGAGUUCGAUAAGCUUAGCGGCGAGCAGCGUGCGCACUUUCAACGAUCAAACAUCUCGGAAGCUCCAUCAUCCGUCUUAUCGCGGCAAUUACUGCUGUUUAUUUACGAAAUCUGCGAUUCGCCGAACGGCGGUGAUACUGCGACCACCAUUACUGAACAUGCAAAGCAGACUAACGGGCAGGUCCCAUCCGUCACAUCUUCGCUUUCGUCCGUGUCCACGUAUGCGACAGCCCGGAGCGGAACUGAGCUGCACUUGGUCACCACUACUUCACCUGCUGAUGGUAUCGAUGCAGACGACACCACACGACCAUUGGCUGGCUCGACUAGCGCACCCUCACUACUAGUGCAGGAUAAAAACGAUAACAAAGUCGAGUGUAAAACACCCUUGCCAGCGGAAUCGGGCGAAGAUCGAUGCCAACGGCUUAGAAAAUUUCUUCUUGAAGGUAUCGGUGGACGCAUUCUCAAAGCGUUGGACCUAAUAGGUGCCAAGGACAUCGUCAACGGUCGUGAGUUUGCAAACGUUCUCAUAGGAAUCCUACCAACCAGACCCUGGCACUGGCACACACAUCAAGCCGAUCUAGACUAUCCCGCAGAUUACAGUGCGCAGUUGGCACGAGUGUUUAAAAUGCGUUCUCGGAACGGUGACUGGCGAUGCAGUACCCAGCGAAAUUCCCUGAAUUUGAGCUCUUCGCAAAUAAUUCAGUGUUCAAGUCCGCUUUCCGUACCCAGAGCACAAUCGCCAACGUCACCCGAAUUACCGCCAGCAAAUUUUGCCGACUACCGCAGCGAAUCGUUUGACGCUCAUACUCACACCCCGUUCAGCCAAGACCAAUUAACCUUCACGAUACUGAACUUAUUGGAGAGUUUGGUAAUACAUGAGAAUAUUCUCACCAUCGACGAAAAAUCUGUUACAAUCAGUUGCUUACGGAUGGCCAUUGACCGGCUUCGCCGGCAGGAAAUGCUCGAGGAAAGUCCACGCAAUAGAUUGAUCUUGCGUCACAAACUUCUCGGUAUCCUUAUGCUAGGUCUAAACAAUCUAUUUUUCCUCGAUACUCUAGAAAACGAUCACGUUAGCUUAAAGCAGAUCGCUACCGAAGUGAUGCAAUUACUACGAACAGAACUGGAAGUAACAACCCCAAACCCGAUAAGCUGUGAUUUUAUCUACAAUCUUACCUAUACGAUUGUAUCGACGGUGAAUCAGACAGUUCUGAAUUUCACCGAAAACUUAGUCAGCGAGCAGUUCUUUCUGUCCAUCUUUCGGCUGUUGGAAAGCAAUUUAGAUAUUAUUAAACAUGUGUACAGUUUACUGCACGAAUCCCAUAACGGCUCCCAACCAAAACUCGUGGACAUUCUGCUAAAAAUGCUGACAAACUUCAUCGCCAGCCUUACUCCCACUCGUACGAACACGAAAAAAUCAGCCAAGGUACGCCAUCGAUUGCAUCACUCCCGUCAGGACUCCCGAACGGUUUACGUGUGCGCCCUAGAGAACAUCCUCCUGAACAUUUUUCCCAUCGUAAAGUAUACCGACCAGCGCACUUUGCUACAGUUCUUCGCCGAGAAUCAAAUAUGCUGCUGCAAUGCCACCAUUCAGACGCUGGAAGUCCUGCUGACGCUUGCCAGUGGUGAAGAGCUGGUACCACGGAUUUGUUUAAACUUUGUCAACCGUAGCAUCACAAGUGCCAUCUUCGCCAAAACCACCUGCGAGAGCUGCGAGAACGAACGGUUCAACGAUAGCUUCUACGGCCGAUUCGUCAGUGUUCACCAGCAGCUAUUCGAUGCAUACCGACGACCGGAGAACCGCCCCCGAAUGCCAAUCCUACUGAAAUAUCUCCACGAUGCCGUGAAGAUCGUACCGUAUCGGUUGAGAAAAUUUGUUUUGUUUGAACUAGUGUUGCCGCACUUGCGCAAGGAGAAGAGCGACGUCGCCGCUGGGACGCUGGACGACACUAGUAAAGAAAUUAUCAACGGUUGUCUGGUGAUUGUGGGUCGUUGCUUGCGUGACGAUAGCAUGUUUGAAGCUUUUUUCAACGAUGAAAACCGGGAAAUGUUGAGUGAUCUAUCGAGGCGAGCUGAAUUCGUCUACCAGGUGGGGGUGAUUCUGAAAACCGGUAUCGGGAACGGUAACCAGCAGGUGGGCUUGGAAGAACAGUUAAUGCAAAUACUGCUAAAUAAUUUGAGUGAUUUGUCGGAUUAUUUUGAACAGCUGAUUCGAAUUUUGAAAAGAAGUGAUAUUCAUGUACGGUUAAAAGAUAUUGGGCGUAGUUAUGGUAGGGACGUGAAGUUGAGGAAUGAACCAACGGCUAACGUUUUGCAGCUGUAUGUCGAGCAUUGGAAGCUAGUGAAGUAUCUUCUGUCGGUGAAUGAGUGUUUUUAUGCGUGUUUUGUUCAGAAAUUCAAUGAGAUCGAAAAGUUUCUCCUUUUGGUGUACAAUCUGUUUAGUUUGUUGCUGUACCACGGUCAAACCGAGCGAAUAACAUCUCCUUCGGUAACCGAUAAGUUAACGGAUCUAAACGAAACAAUCGAUACGGAACGACGCAGCAUCCUCAAUAUUUUCCACUUUAGUGAUAAGCUGAUCGAUAAUCAGCUAAGCAGCGAAGAGUUUUUCUACAGUUGCAGCACUUUGCCAUCUUCGAAUUUGGACGGGGACGGAAAUAAUUAUUUCUUUCUGCGUGAGCUAACCGCUCGGAAUGGUGACUCCAAGUUACCACCCGCUACUGCGACUAACGGCAAGCUGGAGAAAAGUUGGUCCCUUAUGGAGAUGUUCAACAUUCGACAGCUGCUGGCGGAACUGGUGGAGGAAUAUCUGCCGGGGGGCGGUAGAGUGCCAUCGCUUCCCAGCUAUGACGAACAGGCGGAGCAGGCACGGCAACUGCUCGCAACUAGUGGAUUCGUUCGCAAGCGAUUGACCACGCUGGCGGAACUGAUACUCGGCGCGUUUCAGCUGCUUGUUAACAAGAACAACCAGUUGGAAUCCGCCAUGCAGUCGGCGCUGUGCGAGCUGAAAAAGCUAAUACUCAGCGGUGCGCUCGAGAACUGGAACUCGCCUGAUAUGACGAAAAACGUGAUGAAUGUGCUACAAUCGCUGUUGAAAAUUUCCGAAGUGCGUGACAGUGGAGGUGGUUAUGAAAUUUUCGAUGACCAGCAGCAGCCACACAACGAGUACUUCUUCCCAGUGCAUUCCUCAGGUGGGGGCGGGCGAAAGUCCCUGAGUGCCGACGAUGACAUUAGCUCGACGGACGAAAGCUAUACUACCGCUUUCGAUGAUGGCUACGAGGGUGACAUCGAGAAUGAUCAACUCAUGCCACCCCUGAGGGUACGAAAGGGCAGUCUGCGAUCGAGGGAAAUUGGAUACACCCGAGUAAAUGAAAAUAUCUGUACACUCGUGGUCGAUAUUUUGAUUGAAUUAUCGAAAAAAUGUGCACUGAAUCCGCAGAACUGGUGUCCGGUACUUGCUCAGCUCGUUUUGAAGCUGAACAGUAUCAAGGAGUAUUUGGGCGGGUCGCUCUAUCUUAUAAGUGGGUUCGGUCCAAUACUGGAGAAAAGUGACCUGGAACUGAAAGAGCUGCAGACCUCUAUCUUAGAGCUGAUAACCGAUUUGGAGAGUCCGGAAGUGUUUUCCAAGUUCCUUCAACUACUUAGCUUCGAGGAUCCUCCGGUGCAUUUGAUUCUUACAAAGUUGAUGAACCUUGUCGAUACUAACUGCAAGCUGGAAUGCUACACCGAGCUCCAAUUUCCUGAUCCCUGUGAUGAUGGAGCACGAACAUCAACCUGUGAUAUGUUGCUAUCAAAGAAAAUUACCUAUCUACGCGAACAUCACCGAUAUUUUAAUAUACGAUCCCCAUUUACUUGCUCGGCAAAGAUCGUGCCGCUGAAUUAUGUUAACUUUUCACCGUGGAAUGCUGAUGGCUUCACGGCCACCGCCUGGUUUUGGCUAGGAUGCGUUCAGCAGGACAGCAACCGUCUAACUAUGACCCACCUGCUCUCGGUGGGUAGUGAAAAACAAAUCGUAUCACUAUUCCUGAACCGCCAGAAGCAAUUCACGGUACGAUUCAAUAAACCGGACAGAAUAAUAUCCAGUGCCAACACAAAACGAUACCUAGCGAACGCGGUUGGUUUGACGUGCUGUGAAAAUUGUGCCAAAGAGUUGUCUCACCUGUGGAGUUACAGAAGCUUUUUACAGCGCUCAGUCGAACCAGAAACGCAACUUUUCCGAAUAGACACAGCCGGAGCUCAGUGUGUAUACUGCUACAAAUAUCUAUCGGUGAGCAAAAAUGUCACCAGUACGAGCCUUUCGAACGAUUACUUCUACGAUUUGCAUUCGGAACAAUACACGAUAAAGGAACUUCAGAUUACGGAAAACCGCUGGAGUAUGGUUGGGUUUUCCGUCCGUCAACUGGACACCUCCAUGUUGGUUGCUGUCACUCUGGAUGGCGUUCAACAGGAAACCGUAACAAUUGUCGACCCUUGCAAGAUCCACAUCGAUACCAGCCUACCGGUGCUUGCGAUCGGCCAUCGAAUUGGUGUCGAAGAUGAUCUUCCACUUAAUUUCUCACUAUCCAACAUCCAGUUGUAUAAAAAAUGUUUCACAGAUAUGUCUGUUAUGACAAACGUCUACGCUUCUGGUCCGAACUGGACUCGCUUGAAUGGUGGAAUCGUUCCAAACUACGGCUUGCUGAAUCUUGCCAAGCUAACGAUCGAGGAUCUUCAACCGGGUGACGUAUUCCAGCUUCUACACCGGUACCACGUUGGUUGUUUCGUGGCCCACAAACCAGAUGUAUUCAUCUCGACGAAGCCAGGCCAGUCAAAGAUUGCCCUUGGAAUGGUCAGUUUCUCACCUCAUCUGGUCCCGAAGGAAAACUACUCUCUGCAGCGUUCGAUUCUGUUCUCCGGUGGGAUUAGCGCCGUAUUGUUCGCAUUUGCACGAAUAGUUGAACUGUCGGACUCGGCUCACACCCACGCUAACGGAUUGACUCUGUUGUUACGGAUCGCUCACGACAACUACGACUUCUACAACGAAUUCGUCCACCGUGAUUUACUCGAACUGGUGGGAAUUGUGCUCAAAAAUAAAAAAUGUCACAAAGAUAUAUGCGUUCUUGCGGCCUUCCUAGAGGCGGCCUUUGAUCAACCGGUUCUUACAAGGCGAGCUGAAACCUAUUGUGUUCUGGUUAAUUCGACGGCAAGAAUUCGAUACCCUGAAAUCAUUACUUUCUUUUUCGAGAAUUUCCAGAUAUGGAUCGAACGUUCGGAGGAGGUUCUUAAUUUAGUGUUUGAUGUACUGAUUACCGCUACCCGAGAUAAGCAUCCCGGGAUGAACUACAACUGCAAACGUUUGGCAUCGGCUGGACUAGUGCCAACAUUGAUAGAUUUCUGCCGAAUCAACUUUGUGAUUCCACCCAAAACGGUUAAAAUAUCCCGUUCAUCCGCCGAAUCGCUAGUUGCCUUGAUCUCAGUUCUCUCGAAUACCCCGCCAAAGAUCAGCUUACUCAAGGAAAUUAUCGAACUGUUGCUUCUCAUGCACAAACCAACCGAUAGCUAUGUAACCCACGAUCGUCAAAAGUUCUAUUUCAACAUCAACGCUCACUUUACAAGCAAAGCAACGAAGAGUAUCGACAACAGGAUCGCUCAGCGCUUAAAUUUACGCGAACGGCGUCUCAAAUACUCCCAACUGCGCAAGGCAAUCCCGUUAGCACUAUCGAGCUCAACCAACAGUAGCCUCGAAUCAACAACCAGUUUCAUCGAAAUGGGCCAACUGGUCAGCAGAACGCCCAAUUCGGUUUCGGCAGCAGACAAUCCAGUUUCGUCAACACCAACAAAACUCACACCAGGUCCGGUCAGCAGUGGCACCAACUAUGACAAACUGAACCAAGCCCUGGCGGAUAGUCGCGUCCGUAGGCGAAGCUGGAAAAGUGACAAGUGCAAGAUUCGUCGGCUUCAAAGUCCGACCGCGCGGCUGUGUUCCACUCCGAAGGAAAACAACUCCCUAUCGUCGGCGAAGGUUUGCGUGCGCAGGGAGCUACAGCGUGCGACGCAAUCGCUGCCAACGAAAUUCAAAUUCUUCGAGCAGAACUAUUUCGGAACCGGCAACGACUUCAUCCAAGAGAGCUUCCUGCGCGCAAUGUGCGACUUUCUGCUUAUCCUGCCGGACCAGGAAGCGAAGCAGUUCUUCUGUGCUGACAACCAAAUCAUCGAGACGUUGCUGAUCCUGGCAAACAAUUCCAACAUCCGAAUCCGGGCAAUGAUCAUCAAUCUGAUUGCGGUGAUCAGUGAUCGCGCUCUGAGCAGUCCUUCGUCGCCAUCGGUGCUGAACUACUCCGACGAGCAGUUCAAAAUCUUCUGGCACCAUCUGGGCAACCAAAUUGGAUCUCACAGCGUCAACGUGGAGCUGCUAAACUGUUGCUUCCGCUGGAUAACGAAAAGUAACGGCACACUAACGCUUGAGUCGCUAGCACUCGAUCAGCGGGUUAAUGUUGUGCAGGAGAGUGGAUUAAAUGUACUGCUGGCUAUUUUGCCGCAGUCGCAUCUUGAGCCGCGGCUUUUUCAGCUGGUUCUACAGCUGAUCGACCGCAUCUGCGUGAAGCAACCACGGGCUGCACAUUACCUGGUUGAGAAUGGCCUUAUCGGCACGGUGGUGAAAACCGCCAUCAAGAUGAACGAGCGGGACGAUACCGAAGAGAUUAGUAAUUUCAACAGCUAUCUGGAUUUCGUCACUAAUUUCGCCCAUCGAGCGCUAGUUUCGGCUAAUUUUAUCAACCCGUUUUGGGAUUUGAUUAAUGGCUUGACGCUGGCUGAGAGGCACAAAAACGCGAAGGUGGCUCGGAAUGUACGCGAUGUUCAUGCCUUGCUGUACCGCAAUCUGCUGCAAUUCUUCAUUUACCGUCCAACCGAGUCAAUUAUCGGCCAUAAGAAUAAUUCUUUCACCGUUGAUCUUCCAGGCAGCACCAUUCCUAAGGCCGAGGUGAAAACUCGCUUCAAUCAGAUACAUGAUAAAGCCGUCCAGUUUAUUACCAACUGCGAUGGGGAACACGCGGUCUCCGAGGCCGAAGUGCUGCUCGUUAAAAGUCUCAUGAACCGUACGCUGAACGGCAAUCCACGUGGAGGGAACAUUAUCCUGUGGUGUCUGCUUCCGAAGCGCCCGGUGAGCCUCAAAGUGUACACCAUCAAACAGCUCAGCCAGUAUGUCGAAGGAGGAAACUAUCUGUCCCUGAUUUGUGAUUUGCGCAUGCUCAAAGUUUUUGCCCAAAGCAUUCUGCUUCUCAACAAAAAGGAACUGUCGGUUGAGGACCUAACCUACGUGAAUGGGUUCUGCCAGACAAUCGAGGGAGCACACAGUAGCACCUGGACACUGCCGCAGACUCUGGAGGAAUUCGAUUAUUUGCGGACGAUGAACCUCAACGAGCAGGAACAAACCAUAAUGAAAUCGGUGAACAAGCAGGAGAAACUGAUUCACUCGUGCACUGUGGCGGCAAUGGAAAUUACUAGGAACAUUGUCGAAAAGCAGAACCGAUUGCGUAAGGAGCUGAUAAUUCAGCUCAAGAAGGACAGUGAUUUCAAGUUCUUCACACAGUGGAGGCAAAUCAUCGAUCAGAUGACCCACGAGGAUGCUUCCUGGUACAACAGGAAGCUGUAUCCCAGCUCCUGGGAAGUAGACGACACCUACGGGCCGGAUAUGUCGCUAAAACGAUUAAGACGGUGUCACCUUACUGUGGAUCAGAAGUUUGUGCAGAAAGAUUUUCGCACCGACAAUGGCGGGGGCCAAAUUCCCGAUCAGUUGCUGUCUUACUUGAUACCGAAAAAUCGCAGCCAGGAGUUUUCGAUGGAGAACCAGGUUCUGUACACGUCGUUUGUGAAACAAAUUUCACCCAAGCAGGAGCUGGAUAGUGAGUGUAUUUUAACCAGCACGGAACUGGUGCUGUGUCCAAGUACGGGUGAUCUCGAUAUCUACGAUCUGUACAGUAUCACGAAAAUCUGGACGAAACGCUACCAGCACCAGGAAACGGCAGUGGAGAUUUUCCUCAGCAGCGGGCGGUCGCUGUUUUUGGUGUUCGACCGACAGCUCGAGAGGGAAAUUUUCGCCGGAUUUUUCCAGGAUCUCGUUCAGCGUGAAGGUCGCCAGGAGCUGGAAGCGCAAACGCAACUCUGGAGGGACGGAUCGCUCAGCAAUUGGGAAUAUCUGAUGCACUUGAAUCAGAUUUCUGGCCGAAGCUAUCACGAUCUCAUGCAGUAUCCUGUCUUUCCCUGGAUACUGGCCGAUUACGAGGGUGCCAGUUUGGAUUUACUCUCGGACCGGACUUUCCGAAACCUGGAGAAACCGAUAGCGGUCCAGUAUAGGGAACUGGAAAAACACUACAUAAACAAUUACAACUAUUUGAAGCAGACAGAGAACGAUUGCAUCAGCAAGCGAAAGAUUCAACCGUACCAUUACAGCUCGCACUAUUCCAACUCGGGAACGGUUCUGCACUUUCUGGUGCGAAUGCUUCCGUUCACGUCGCUCUUUCUGCACUAUCAGGACAACAGUUUCGACAUUCCGGAUCGGACUUUUCACUCACUUGCGACGACAUGGAAUCUUGCGAGUAAAGAUUCCCCAACAGAUGUGAAGGAACUUAUUCCGGAAUUCUACAGCUUUCCGGAGUUUCUGGAGAAUUUGGAGGGAUUCGAUUUCGGAGUUCGACAGUCCGGUGAGCCGGUCAAUCACGUUGAACUGCCCUCCUGGAGUCAUCGAUCGGCGCGACUGUUUGUUCUGAUUCACCGCCAAGCGUUGGAAUCCGAUCACGUUCGUAGGCGACUAGCGCAGUGGAUCGAUUUGAUCUUCGGCUAUAAACAGACUGGCCCGGCAGCAGUCGACUCCAUAAACGUCUUCCAUCCAGCUACGUACGCUAACUUUACCGCUUCCGAUAUUGAUGAUCCGGUGGAAAAACUCGCCUUGGAAACCAUGGUCAAAACAUACGGACAAAUGCCGCGGCAGCUGUUUGAUACUCCGCACCCACAAGCAAUCUUGCCACCAGUGUCAACUGCCAUCCGACAUCCGGACGUACUCGAAAGCGUUGGUGGAUUGAAGUGGGGCUUCUACAGUGGAUCCCCGGCUUUACCAAUGCCAAAAAUUACGGAUCUUCGAACGGCUAGCACUCAACUGGGUUCUUUAGUACAUUUCAGUGGGAAUAGAAUUGUUGGGUUACCCGGCUGUGCCAGCAUUUUUCAGGCACAGCACUCGAAAAGCCAUUUUAUAGUGGACUGGGGUCAAAUUGAUGGUGUGAUUCGCUACCGAUCGGUGCAACAAAGUGACACCAAGUCGAGUGAGUUAGUUUACAACACCAGUAUGGACCCGAUAACGGCAUGCGGUAGCGAUCCCAACUGCCACGAUCUCUGGUUCGGACAUCGCUCAGGGCGGAUAGCAGUCUUCCAGCAAAGGCAAACCCAGAAGGUUUCCUUUUUUAACCAUAACAUACGACCCUCGGUGACGCGAUCGCGUUCGAGCUCCUUCCGACGGUGGAUCGAUCGAAAAAGUGCCACCUUAAGGCGCAAACUCGAAGGAGAUGACGAUGAAGAUGAAGCUAACGAAGCUAACAUUCCAAUCAAGUGGAACUUUCCGGUUGUUCUGAUCAAGCACAAAGCAGAGAUCACUGCUAUAGCGAUAUCCGUUGAGUUUAAAAUUGUGGUUAGUGUCAGCAUGGAUGGCAGUGCGGCCAUUUGGGAUUACAACAAUCUAAGCUAUGUUAGGGAGAUUCCUCGGCCGGUGAACGUCAUCAGCUCGAAGAUCAGUUUGGUCGCCGUUAGUCCCACCCUUGGGGACAUAGUUACUGUGCACUCGCGCCCGGAGUCCCGAGUGUGUUUGAAUCGAUCCAGUGAAUCGUCUACACUAGUUGAUGACGAGAGUUUCGAGGUUACCGAAAACUACAACAUGGACUAUGUGAACGUCACGAUGGCAUCCAGCCGCGAUCAGCUGAGACUGCACACGAUCAACGCAUCGUACGUGGAACACGUUUUCAUGGAAUGUCCAGUGCAAUCGGUCUGCUAUACCGCCAUCAAGGAAGGCUGUGGGAUCAACUGUAUCGCGGUGGGUUUAGACAACGGAGUUAUACGACUGUACAGCAGUUGGAACUUGGCUCUGGUGCGGGAAAUUACCACUAAUCCGUAUGACACCUUCGGCAUUAAAAGUAUCAUUUAUGCGCGCAACCAACAGCUGGUUGUACUCACGACAAGCAACGUGAUUCAGACGUGGAAGUCCGAAGGGCUCCCCGGAACGUCACCACAGAUAUUAGAACUACCAAUCCGCCGUUCGGUGGGUUGAGGGUACAAAACCAAACUCAACACCCAAGUUUGAGAGCAGUGAUCAAAAAUGUACUUCAAAAGUGUAUUUUAAAAUAGCAAGAAAAUCGAGGGCUUUAUAUAGGAAUGUUUUCAUUCUUUUGUUAAAAACAAACGCAUACGCAUAAUAUAUUUUAUUCUAACGAGUUUCAACUA